GCCAACAUUUCACACCACAAACCCAAACCCUAAUCCCUAAUCUCAGUUUUUCACCCUUCUCUUAUCUUCUCUCUCUGCUUGUGCUUUCUUUGAACUGCAAACCACCAUGUCUCACUUUGGAAGGUCCGGUCCCCCAGACAUCUCCGAUACCUACUCUCUCCUCGUACUCAACAUCACAUUCCGUACAACUGCCGACGACCUAUUCCCUCUUUUUGACAAGUACGGUAAGGUCGUCGACAUCUUCAUUCCCAAAGAUCGAAGGACUGGUGAAUCGAGGGGCUUUGCGUUUGUGCGGUACAAGUAUGCUGAUGAGGCUCAAAAGGCCGUCGAUAGGCUCGACGGAAGAAUGGUUGAUGGUCGUGAAAUAACUGUCCAGUUUGCAAAAUAUGGGCCUAAUGCUGAGAGGAUUCACAAAGGAAGGAUUAUUGAAACAUCCCCGAGGUCGAAGGGCAGGUCAAGGAGCCGCAGUCCCAAGAAAAGGCAUCGUGAUGACUACAGAGACAGGGAUCAUAGGAGGAGAAGUCGCAGCAGAAGUUAUGAUAGGUACGAACGUGACAAGUACCGUGGGAGAGACAGAGAUUAUCGCCGUCGAAGCAGGAGCCGUAGUGCCAGUCCUGGUUACAAGGGUCGUGGAAGGGGACACUAUGACGAUGAGCGUCAUAGUAGAAGCAGGAGCAGAUCAGUGGAUAGCCGCUCCCCUGCACGACACAGUCCUAGUCCUCGAAGGAGCCUGUCCCCUCAGAGGAGUAUUUCCCCUAGAAGGAGUCCUUCCCCUAGGAAAAGUCCCCGGGGUGAAAGUCCCGAUAAUCGUAGCCGUGAUGGACGGUCUCCUACACCACGCAGUGUCUCACCACGUGGUCAUCCUGAUCCUUCGCGAAGCCCAUCCCCCCGAAAUUCUAAUGGUGAUGAAUAAGCUGUUUUCAUGAAAAAUUCUGGAGACACGUUGUCUAGUGCAACAUGUUGCUGUUUUGAUAUUGUUGAAUCUGUUGGUCAAUGUGAAUGGUCUUAUGCUUAUCAGAGUCGUUGAAGGAUUUUAUGAUCUAAGUGCUGUUUGUUAUGAUCGGGAAAAGUGAUGGGGGCGUGAUAGGUGCAUGUUGACAUUGUUGCUGUUGAUGCUGUUUCUAUAUCAUUGAUGAUUGGU